CCGCGGUUCCCUGAGCGCCCCCUAGCGCCGCGAUGAGCCGCGUCUACCAGGACAGCGCCCUGCGGAACAAGGCUGUGCACAACGUUCGGUUCCCCGGCGCUUGGGCCCCAGCCACGCACCAGGGGGGCAAUGGCGUCCUUCUGGAGGGAACCCUUGCCGAUAUCUCUCGCCAUGCCAUCUCGGACGUCCACGGCAGAAAGGAGCGCUACUAUGUGCUGCACGUCCGGCCCAGCCGCGUCCAUCGCCGCAAAUUCGACCCCAAGGGCAAUGAAAUCGAGCCAAACUUCAGCGACACCAAGAAAGUGAACACGGGCUUCCUCCUCUCAUCAUUCAAGGUGGAAGCCAAGGGGACCACGGAUAGGCUCUCACCCGUGGAGCUGAAGGGGCUGGUGGAGAAACCGGAUCUGCUGGAGCUGACCAAGGGUCACACGCCAGACCAGGCCGUGGCGUUCUGGAUCCUGGAGACCGACAUGGAGAAGAUGGAGCUGGAGCUGGGGGAGGAGGUUCGCCUGAAGACCCGGGGCGACGGCCCUUUCAUAGGCUCUCUUGCCAAGGUCGAAGCCGGGACGGUGACCAAGUGCAACUUCGCUGGGGACCGGGAGGUGGGAGCUUCGUGGACAGAUAACAUCAUGGCGAAGAAGUCCUCGGAAGGAGCAGUGGUGGAGCCCCGCGGACUGGGAGAUGGGGCAGAGGAAGAUGAGUGGGAUGACUGAACCGCCACAGCGAGGGCCUCUGGCCUUAGAUCGGACCUCUUCAGGCUGCCUUCUCCGGCUCUGUGGGGAUGGGGAGGGAAAAAGAUCUUGCUUGAGGGGUUCGUGCACACCACCUUUCCGGAAGAAUCUUCUCUGCAGCCCGGCUUGGGGGAGGGUUCAGAACAGGCUCUGUGCUUUGACUCCUGGCCUGCUCCAGUUGCCCCCAGGGCAGCCCUGGUUCACAGACAGACGCUGUCAUCAGGGCCAGGAGAGGAGGAGGAGUCCCCCUGGAUAGGAGCCACUAGCCGGGCCUUGGCAAUGAUCAUCUGAUUGCAGGACCCCAAAAGCUCUUCACUGGGGACAAGAAGGGAGCCUGGUGUCUGGUGGAAAUGUUUUUGAGGAACCCCCAUCAGCCACGUCUUUCAUCAUCUGCUGGGCUGCAUGGACACUUCUACUCCCCCUCUCCCCAUCCCCCUCUCUGCGCUCCUUCCUUCUGCGGUGGCUUGCGUGGCUCCAUCCACCCUUUCCCCUCCCCGCUGCACUUUCUGUUCCUCAUCCCUGGGUCUCUGUGAAUGGGUGGUUUUCCUUGGUUCCACCCUUGUUCUGUAAUUGUACCUGUCCCAGCUUCCGGGUCUAAAAGCUCCUGGGUCGGUUCCGGUUUCCUGGAGCAGCAUGAUAAUAAUUAUGGUCCUUGUUAAGCGCUUACUAUAAAUCAAGCACUGUUCUAAGCCCUGGGGUAGAUUCAAG